UCAUAAGAAUACAACUUCAUUGGUAAAAAAAAUCACAAAAGAAUACAUAAGCUAAGUUAGCAAGAUAAAAUAAUAAGUUGAGCCUAAUGGAGGGUCAGAAAUUAGUGGCAGCAUCAUUUAUCUUGAUGAUGAUAACGAUGAGGGUCGCUCAAGCAACCAUUGCUAUAGACUGCACCACCGUGACAUCUCUCAUCUCAGCUUGCUCGUCAUUUGUGACGUACGGGGCACCAGACCCUUUCCCCGGAACGCCUUGCUGCCAGGCAAUGGCCAGUCUUAAUAAUUUGUCUGACACUGUGGAAAAUAGGCAGUCUGUCUGUAGAUGCAUAAUGGGUCUGAUUACUUCUUAUAAUCCUAACGCAACUGCAAUAGCUACUUUGCCUGGUUUCUGUGGCGUUUCUCUUGGCUUCACUAUCGAUCCCAACACUGACUGCAACUAG